AUGGAUCAGUAUCAGUACCCAUCAACCACUCGAAGUGUCCCUACUCCUUCGCCGGGAAGUGAUAAAUCCAGUCAGCUCUUGAUCCGCGACUAUCCUCAUCGGGCUAUUGCUAUAGUCACAAAUUCGCAUGCCCUGAUCUUCCGACAUUCGCACACUACUAGCGAGGCCAUUACAGAUGGCUCACUCGGCUCGGUUGCUUCGUCGCGCCCCCGCGGCGGUAGCGAGCCUCCCGCUUCGAAAUGUAUGGUCGAAUUUUCGCCUGCAUCACGGAACCUGUUGACCGAUUUCCGUCCUCUUAUUCCUCGUCCCAUAUACGGAACGUUAGGUCUCAUAUCAAUCAACCAAGAUGUGUUCCUGUGCGUCAUCACCCAAGCAUCGCGGGUAGCAACGUUGCGACCCGGUGAAACCGUCGAGAAGAUUGCCUCUGUUGAAUUCUUCUGUCUGAAUACGGCCGAUUACGAUAACGUCAUCUCGUUAAACCCAUACGAACCCGACUUCUCUGACUCUUCUUCAGCAUAUGGUCAGAGCCUAGGUCGCAGGGAGGGUGAAAUAGAGUACCCAUAUUACGAAUUGCAAAAGCUGCUGAGCAAUGGGAGCUUCUACUAUAGUACAGACUUUGACCUUACGAAUAGAUUACAAGAUAGGCCUGUAGAUUCAGACACUUUUGAUAUUGAUAAUUUUGACGAUGCUUUCCUAUGGAACUCUUUCAUGAUUGAUCCACUCGUCCAAUUUCGGUCCCGACUCGUAGCACACGAGCGGGAGGCCUUGGAUGCGUCAAGGAUCUUGACUUCUGCUAUACGAGGUUUCUGUCUCACCAUGACGAUUCCCCAGGCUGCGGCACCGUUACGUGAUUCCAACUCAGGCCUUCCCUCUUACCUUACUGUUGUGUCGCGACUGUCCUGCAAGAGAGCGGGCACUCGUUUCAACAGUCGUGGAAUUGAUGAUGACGGCCACGUUGCCAAUUUUGUUGAGACCGAAACUAUUUAUUGGAGCCCCCCUGGUACUCUGUUCUCCUAUGCCCAGGUGCGCGGCUCGGUGCCAGUAUUUUGGGAACAGAGCGCUGGGCUUAUUCCUGGGCAGCAAAAGAUCACAGUAACACGUUCCGCAGAUGGAACACAGCCGGCGUUUAAUAAACACUUCGAAGAUCUUGAAAAGGCAUACGGCGCUGUCCAUAUUGUCAACCUGCUAAGCGCAGCGAAGCCUGGCGAGGCUGAGCUCACGCAGCUGUUCCACUAUGGGAUAGAUCAUUGCCCUCUCAGUCGCCCUGAUCAAUCGAACUCCUCUGACCACGCUUUAUUGCGGGAAACCGAUUAUGAUUUCCAUGCAGAGACCAAAGCCGCUGGGUACGAGGCAGCAAGGGAGAUCCGUCGAUAUAUCGAAAACUCUGCCGAUGGGUUUGCAUAUUACCUGGCGGAACGGACGGACGAUAUGGUAGAUUAUUCAGACGAAUCGAAGAAUGACGUACGAAUAGUAGUCGUCCUGCAACAAGAGGGUGUUUUUCGGACGAAUUGUUUAGACUGCUUAGACAGGACAAAUCUAAUCCAAACGCUGAUAUCGCAAAUGGCGGUAGAAUCAUUUCUUAGUCAUAGGGGGAAAUACGCUGCUUCUGACUUUUGGAUGAGGCAUUCCACGCUUUGGGCCGACAAUGGCGACGCGCUUUCAAGAAUCUACGCAGGAACAGGCGCUUUAAAGUCAUCUUUCACCAGACAUGGGAAAAUGUCGUUGGCAGGUGCUUUCGCGGAUGCGCGCAAAAGUGCGACGAGGCUCUAUAUCAACAACUUCACGGACAAAGCCAGACAAAAUACAAUUGAUAUGUUAUUGGGGAGAUUGGUCGGUCAGGUACCUGUCCAUCUCUUCGAUCCUAUCAGUGACUUCGUUUCCAUGGAGCUUGGCAAGCGUAGUGCUGAAUUUUCCUCAACAGAUUCCAUUACUUUGUGGGUUGGCACUUUCAAUCUCAAUGGGCGUACCACUGGAAUUGAUGAUGAUUUGUCCCCCUGGCUUUGGCCACGUGACCUUGGUACGAUAGAACCAGAGAUAUUUGCCGUGGGAUUCCAAGAGAUUGUCGAGUUGAGCGCUCAACAGAUCAUGAACAGUGACCCAACAAGAAAACAGCAAUGGGAAAAGGCAAUAAAGAAAACGUUGAAUGCUCGUGUUAAAAAGACUAGCGGAGAGAGAUACGUCCUCUUGCGAAGUGGCCAAUUAGUAGGCGCUGCCCUAUGCAUCUUUGUCAAGGCCUCGGUACUUGCAAGAAUAAAAAAUGUCGAGGGCAGCGUAAAAAAAACUGGCCUGUCUGGCAUCGCCGGAAACAAGGGUGCUGUGGCCAUCAGGAUGGAGUACGCAAGCACUCAACUGUGUUUCGUAACAGCUCAUCUAGCUGCUGGAUUCGCCAAUUACGACGAGAGGAAUAGAGAUUAUGCAACUAUACAUAAUGGGUUAAGGUUUCAGAGGAAUAGAGGCAUUGAUGACCACGAUACUGUCAUAUGGAUGGGUGAUUUUAACUACCGCAUUGGUUUAUCUCAUGAAAGAGCAAUGGAUCUUGUGAAGCAACAGGAUUUAGAGAAGCUUUACGAAAAUGAUCAACUCAACCUCCAAAUGGUCGCUGGGCUAUCUUUCAGAUAUUAUUCUGAAGCGAGGAUUACCUUUAUGCCUACUUAUAAGUUUGAUGUCGGUACGGAUCGAUAUGAUACGUCUGAAAAGGCACGUAUCCCCGCCUGGACAGAUCGGAUUUUACGCAAAGGCACCAACAUCAGACAAACAGCGUAUAACUCUGCCCCUCUGCGCUUCUCUGACCAUCGUCCUGUUUUUGCGACAUUCAAAUGCACUGUGAACAUCGUGAAUGAAGAUCUUCGUCAACGUAUAAGCAUUCAAUUGUACGAGCAACGCAAAGCUGAAGUUGGGCACACGUCAGCAAUUAUAGAUGCUGAGGAGUCAGAAGAUGAUGAAGAUCUCAUUGGGUAUGAUCCAAUCGAACCAGGACUUCCUCCCGCCAGCUCAGAUCAACAGAGAUGGUGGCUCGAAAAUGGGAAAAUGGCCAAGUCCACAAUUGCUCCACCAAAGCCAACAAAUGGUGGCAGUGAGUAUUCAUCGGCUGUCCUAAAUCCCAAUCGUCCGUUGAAUCCUUUUAAUGCUACAGAGGAGCCUGACUGGGUUGCGAUACCGCGAGCCAACUCAAGACUUUCAUCAUUCUCAUCCAGUAUAUCCAGCUCUCCAUAUGAGCACAUCAACCACUCUACAGUAUUAUCUACGUCUAACUCUAGCCCUAUGCCUAGAAAGCUCCCUCCCGCAUUUGAUUCCACAGCCGUUCCCUUCAGAACAAGCAGAAUGAGUUUGCUCGACGAGCCGAUUAGUGGAAUAACCCAAAAGAACGACCCUCCACCUCCACCGCUUCCAAAGAGGCAAACUAACACAUCCUCAAUUCAAUCGCCCAGUGCUCCUUCGAACAUAACCCCACAAGCCAUGCCACAGGGAUCAGGGGCAGAUGUAUCCCAAGCACCUUCUAGGAGGGUAUCCUCAUCCUCACAUAUAUCUAACAAAUCUUCUAAAGCACCCCCUCCCAUUGCUAGAAAGCCUGCACACUUGACCUCAACAUCACCUACAAGCCCAUUGACGUCUGAACCUGGCAAGUCCGACACCCCCGAUAAUCGAACACACAUACCACAUUUGCCUCGUCGAAAAACAAGUAAUAUUUCUGAUCUGACAACGCGACUUGAAGCCAAUGGAGCUGCAGUUUUAACCGGGGGCAUGCAUAAAACGAAGCCUGUCUCGACCAUCUCAGGCAUGCCUGGCCCCAAUAGAGCGUCCUCUUUCCCUGCUUCUACAAUAUCUUCGAAGGGAGUAAGUCUGCCUGGUCUGGGAUUGGAUGAACGAAAGCCAGUGCUUCCCACAAGACCCUACCAGCAACAACCUCAGGCUUCUCAGCCUUUGUUGAUGGCACAGUCUAGGAAACCGGUUCCAAUUACAACCAAGAAACCAACAGAAGACCUCCUUGGUGCUGAUAUUGAUGGUGAAAUGAACAGCUGGGAGACGUUGAAGCCGAGAUAG